AUGGCGAACAUAUCUUUCGGAACUUUAUUGUGGGUAGCUGUAAGACCUCUUCUCCGACUUUUCAUAUGCGUCGCUUGUGGGUACGGCAUUACAAGAGCUGGCUUUUUCCCUGCGAUUGCAACUCGCGGCGCUGUGCAAGUAGUGUUGAACGUUACUUUGCCUAGCCUCAUGUUCUCGAGGGCUUUAUCUGCAUUGAAUGCAAAGAACGAUGCAGCUUUUGGACCGCUGAUAGUGAUUGCACUCAUCUACAUGGCAAUAGGCUUCACAUUAUCUCUGUUUAUCAAACGAUUUUUCUGGGUUCCAUAUCGGUUUCGGUACGGUAUUUUAGUUGCUGGAGGUUGGGCGAGCAGCUGUGACAUAACGAUGUCGGUCAUGACAGACAUAAUGGCCUCUCUCCCUUUCAACAGUGUCUACGACCAAGACCUCGCGGUAACAUACGUCAGCGCCUUUUGCGUCAUCUUCUACCUGACUAUACUCACGUGCGGGCGCAACUUGAUCGAGCGUGAUUUUAUUGGGCCUGAUACAAGUGACGAGCAGGCGAAAAGUGUUUCCUCUUCUGCAGCUGAGAAAAAUAAUGACCUAGAGAGGAAUGCCUACAGUGAUACAAUGUCUAGCAGAGAUCUCUCCCCGCAACUGUCAUCGUUGGAGCAUUCACUGGCAGAUUCUCCAUCAACGUCAACCAUUGUGCAACAUGACACACCAUCGGGCAUAUGCAAUGAUUCGCAAUCGUCCAUAGAUGCACAACCACACACUAUGCCACCAUCCACAGAGAACUCCUCUCAUAAUAAACCUCGCCCUGCCAUGCGAUACGUGAACUUGCUUUGCAAUCUUUCAUUCCCUGUCUUGUUGUCCGUGGUUAUCUCGCUCGUUGUCUCAAGAAUAUCAGCUUUGAAGGCAUUAUUUAUCCCUAAUGUAUCAGGAACGAACGUUCCACCAGCUCCUGAUGGACAACCACCACUGGCAUUUAUAAUGGACACAGCGGCCUACUUGGGAGCAGCCAGUUCUCCCAUUGGACUGAUUAUUCUCGGAUCUGCAAUCGCGAGAAUGAGUAUCCCUCGCGGACGCUGGACUGCACUACCCCUUAGGGCCAUUGUAACACUUGCUGUUGGCAAACAGCUCAUCAUGCCAGUCCUCGGAGUUCUCAUCUGCGAAGGAUUCACUCAGAUAGGGUUCAUUCACGCCGAAGAUAAAGUGCUCAGAUUUGUAUGCAUCUUCGUGUCAUGUUUGCCCAUAGCAUCGUCGCAGGUGAUCCUGACGCAAGCGUUCUCUGACGCCACUACAACAGAUCAUCUUGUCGCAUUCCUGCUGCCGCAGUUGAUCCUUAUGCCGGGGGUGAUGGCGGUAUUGAUGGCCUUUACACUCAACCUUCUCUUCGGUUAACUGGCCACUCCUGGGUAUCCGGUGCAUGCGAGUACUGCACAGGAAAUACACAACCUCUUAGAUGAUAGAUUUGAUGCUUCGAGUCUGAACGAUUAGAUUGAUGUACGAAUGAUAAUUAUCUUGUAAUCUUGUUUACAAGGUCCCUAGAACUGAUAAUUGUGAGAACCAAGUCGU